AACAUAACCCUGAAUUGUCAUCUGUUUGGCAUCCGACACAUCUGUGGCAUUGGGGAGACUUGUGAGAUGCCUAGCUAGUCUCUUAUCUGACACCGACAUGGGCAAUUUCAGUCAAAAUUUUCUUCCUCUUCUUGGUAGCUUCGUAUCCUGACAGAUCCUGCUUCUAUAUAUAAUCUACAUGUCCAUAACCACAAAUAUAAACACAGACCAUCUCCACCCCAGUUUUUCUAAAACUCUAUACUUCUUCAUCUUGAUUUCUACCCCCAAACAUGUGCAGUCAAAACCGAGAUUUCCAUGUAUUCUUGUUCCCCUUCAUGGCUCAUGGCCAUAUGAUUCCAGUCUCAGACAUGGCCAAGCUAUUUGCAGCACAAGGAGUGAAGACAACCAUAAUCACAACCCCUCUAAACGCCCCAACAUUCUCUAAAGCCACCCGAUCAAGCAAAACCAACUCCGGCGGCAUCGAAAUCGAAAUCAAAACCAUCAAGUUCCCUUCUCAAGAGGCUGGGCUGCCAGAAGGGUGUGAGAAUCUGGACUCACUCCCCCCCACACCAGUAUUAGCAGAUAGUUUCUUCAAAGCAGCGGGCUUGCUCCAGGAACCGCUCGAACGGCUUCUACUUGAAGACCAACCGACUUGCCUUGUGGCUGACAUGUUUUUUCCUUGGGCAACUGAUGCCGCUGCAAAAUUUGGCAUACCGAGACUAGUUUUUCAUGGGACUAGUUUCUUUGCUUUGGCUGCAUCAGAUUGUGUGAGGCGAUAUGAGCCUUUCAAGAACAUUUCAUCUGAUUCAGAACCCUUUGUGAUUCCUGAUCUUCCAGGGGAGAUCAAGAUGACAAGAGCCCAGGUGCCUGGUUUUAUUAAGGACAAUAUUGAAAAUGACUUGACCCGGUUGCUGAAACAGUCCAAGGAAGCUGAGGUGAGGAGCUAUGGGAUUGUUGUCAACAGUUUCUAUGAGCUUGAACCAGUUUAUGCCGAUUAUUACAGGAAGGUGUUGGGGAAGAAGGCAUGGCAUAUUGGUCCUCUUUCUCUGUGCAACAGGGAAAAUGAAGAAAAAGCAUACAGGGGAAAGGAAGCAUCCAUUGAUGAGCAUGAAUGUUUGAAGUGGCUUGAUUCAAAGAAACCCAAUUCAGUUGUUUAUGUUUGCUUUGGGAGUGUGGCUAAGUUCAACAAUUCUCAGCUGAAGGAGAUUGCAAUUGGGCUUGAAGCCUCUGGGGUGGAUUUCAUUUGGGUUGUGAGGAAAGGCAAAGAUGAUGAUGACGUGGGCAAAGAGGAUUGGUUGCCUGAAGGGUUUGAAGAGAUGAUGGAAGGAAAAGGGCUAAUCAUAAGAGGGUGGGCUCCACAAGUCCUGAUUCUUGAUCAUGGGGCUGUUGGUGGUUUUGUGACUCAUUGUGGGUGGAAUUCAACAUUGGAAGGAAUUGCUGCUGGGUUGCCUAUGGUGACAUGGCCGGUGUCUGCAGAGCAAUUUUACAAUGAGAAGUUGGUGACCCAAGUGCUGAAAAUUGGAGUUGGUGUUGGUACUCAGAAAUGGAUUAGAGUUGUGGGGGAUAGCGUGAAGAACGAAGCUAUUGAGAAAGCUGUGACUCAGAUUAUGGUGGGAGAAGAAGCAGAGAAAAUGAGAAGCAGAGCCAAGGGACUAGCAGAGCAAGCAAGGAGGGCUAUUGAAACAGGAGGAUCAUCCCAUUCUGAUUUGAAUGCUCUCAUUGAAGAGCUGAUGAGUUCCCAUAGUUAAAUUUGGACCCCACAUUGAAUAAUGAGACCUCAGUUGAUGAAAAUUGUAGAUUAACAAUCCUAGCAAGAACAUUUACUCAUAGAACAAUGAUGCAUUUUGAGGAGAUCGGUUUAUUUUAUUUGAUUUUCAUAGUUGACUUGUUUUGUAUGCUUUGCCUUGGUGGCGGCCUUGAAACGUGGAGCAUGAUUCAAUCAACACAAAAUCCCAACGUCA